AUGGACAUACCCUCAAGCAGCAAUGACUUCUCUAAGUUGUCGCUAGAGAAACAGCUUACAGAGGAUGCAUAUGACGCAUUAGCGUCGCCUCGGGGAGGAUUCUACAAUGAAUUUUCGGAGGGAAUUGAAGGAAGUGACAUGCGUGAGAACUCCGAACCCAUGGGAAGCAGCGGAUCGGUGGGCGAUAGAGCUCAUUACUCGUACCAUGAAGAUAAGGAUUUAUUUGAACAAGGCAGCAAGAAACAAGCUUUGGAUCAGUUGCAGUCAGGUACACCACCGAGUAGCAAAUCUGGGCUGUGGAACAAGGGUGAGUCAGUUUCUGUUUUCAGUCCUUCGCAUGGAUCCAGUGGGAUCAGAAGGUUGUCGACUACAGCGCGGACUGCGGUCCCUGAACCACCUUCGCUGAAAUACGCACAGGAUGCGGACAAAGGUCCAGCCACGAGAUCUAGGCUCUCCGCUCAAUAUAGGAUGGGGAUGGUGUCUGAAGAAAGUCACGAUUUUGCCGACACUCCGUCAGAAGAGCUCGUUGACCUUUACAGCAAGGUCCAAAACUGUCGAAAUCUCAGAGACAAGUAUCAGACGCAGUCGAUGCAAAUGCAGUUCCAAAACCCGAAAAAUCAGAAAUACUGGAAAAUAUUUCCCCCGCCACCCAAGCCAACUUACAGUACUGAAACCAAAACCGUGAUAAAAGUGGACAACAAACCCGACAGUGAGGUUUUCGAUCUGUCGCAUGUACCAAUACCUGGCGACGACAACGAGUACGAUUUCCAAAUUAAUGGUGACGACGUGUUUGUCGUUGUUUCGUCCAAAGAUCCAACGGAUUAUUUGAGUCAAACCUGCAGCUUACGCGAGUAUUACAUCGAUCUAGACUACAUGGUAACCGUGUCAUCAGAUGGACCAGCCAAAUCCUUUGCCUUCCGCAGGUUGCAAUACCUUGAGGCUAGAUGGAAUCUAUACUCACUGUUGAAUGAAUAUCAAGAAACCUCAGUCUCUAAGAAAAAUCCCCAUAGAGAUUUCUACAAUGUGAGAAAGGUCGAUACUCACGUUCACCAUUCUGCUUGCAUGAAUCAGAAGCAUUUGCUUCGUUUCAUUAAACACAAGCUACGCCAUUCGAAGGACGAAGAAGUUAUAUUCCGUGACAACAAAGUUCUGACUCUUGACGAAGUCUUCAAAUCUCUCAACUUGUCGGGCUACGACUUGUCGAUUGACACACUUGAUAUGCAUGCUCACAAAGAUACUUUCCACCGUUUUGACAAAUUCAACUUGAAAUACAAUCCCAUCGGAGAAUCGAGAUUAAGAGAGAUCUUUUUGAAAACUGAUAACUACAUUCGUGGACGCUAUCUUGCCGAAAUCACGCAAGAGGUUAUAUCUGAUUUGGAGAAUUCGAAAUAUCAAAACUGCGAAUACAGAAUAUCUAUUUACGGAAGGUCCAUCGACGAGUGGGACAAAUUGGCCUCAUGGGUUAUUGAUAACAAGGUCAUAUCUCACAACGUUAGGUGGUUAAUUCAAAUUCCACGCCUUUACGACGUUUACAAAAAGACAAAUACCGUCAAGACUUUCGAUGACAUUAUCAAAAAUCUCUUCCAACCCCUAUUUGAAGUGACAAAAAAUCCUCAGUCACACCCCAAACUGCAUGUAUUUUUACAGAGAGUCAUUGGGUUCGACAGUGUUGAUGAUGAGUCCAAAGUGGACCGCCGCUUUCAUCAAAAAUAUCCUAAGCCUUCUCUUUGGGAUUUCACGCAGAAUCCUCCCUACUCUUACUAUUUGUACUACUUGUACGCCAAUAUGACUUCCUUGAACCAAUGGAGAGCGAAGCGUGGAUUUAAUACUUUGGUUUUGAGACCGCAUUGCGGAGAAGCAGGUGAUCCUGAACAUCUUAUCUCGGCUUAUUUGCUUGCGCAAGGCAUAUCGCAUGGGAUUUUGUUGAGAAAAGUUCCUUUUGUCCAGUAUUUGUACUAUUUGGAUCAGGUCGGAGUUGCCAUGUCUCCAUUAUCCAAUAAUGCCCUUUUCUUGACUUACGAUAAAAAUCCCUUGCCCUACUAUUUCAAGCGAGGACUCAAUGUGUCUCUAUCCACCGACGAUCCUCUGCAAUUCUCAUACACACGAGAGCCAUUAAUAGAAGAAUACUCCGUUGCUGCCCAGAUCUACAAACUAUCCAAUGUUGACAUGUGUGAGUUAGCCAGAAACUCUGUUCUCCAAAGUGGCUGGGAGGCACAAAUUAAGAAACAUUGGAUAGGCAAAGACUUUGAAAAAGAAGGUGUCGAAGGUAAUGAUGUGGAAAAAACCAAUGUUCCAGACAUUAGAAUUAAUUACCGGUUCGAAACUCUAUGCACAGAGCUGGAACUCGUCGAGCACUAUGCUCAUUUUAGGAACAUGCUGCGUAAAAGUCCGGCUUAA